AUGUAUUGCGCUAGUGUCGCGGACGAGCUGGACGAGGCCCUCUCACCCCCUUAUGACAUCCCGAUGCACGGCCGCCGUGACGCGGACUGUGUGGCAUCAUCUCGCAGCCCCGAAGUUAACAAGGACGGUGACGACGAUGACGACUCCGACUAUAGCGUGGACGCCGUCAGCACUGACGACGAGGCGAUCUCGGGAGAAGAGGAGGACAAGGACAUGUCCGACUCGGAGGGCGACACGGACGGUGACGACGCGGAGGGUGACGACGACGACGCCCCGGAGGAAUCGCAGCCCGCGGCACCGAUAGCUCGCCGUGGUCGUGCUAAGGCGGCAUCUGGCGUCAAGGCCACCGCUAAGGGCGGGGAGCCAACACACCUUGCUCCAAAGACCCGCGACCACAUCCCGGUGAAGCGCAUCAUGUGA